AUGUCGAUAUUUCUUAUAGCUGCUUUGGCCUAUAUCAUUCUCGCCUACAUAGCUUUGAAAUAUCCUCAUAUUCUUCACCCCAUCAAGCCAGAGCUUAAAAAGCCUUCUAAGAAAUUCACAAAAUGGUUUAUGGUUCACAGAGGUGGAAGUGCAGAAAAACCUGAAAAUACCCUAGAUGCUCAUGUAAAUAGUUAUAAGAAAGGCUGUGACAUUCUCGAGCUUGAUAUCAUCCCAUCCAAAGAUAGCAUCCCUGUAGUAGCUCAUGAUAAUAAUCUUAUGAGACUCGCAGGCAAAAAUCUCAGGAUAACAGACCUUAAUUUCAAUGAAUUGCCAAAUUAUCUCCCUUCAUUUACUCCACACUUUCUUUCUGAAACAAGCACAUUUUCUGAUAAAACUUAUAAAUUCUCAGCUUUGGAAGAAAUUUUCCAAAAUUGUCCUGAUGUUUACAUAAAUAUCGAUGUAAAAAUUGCAACACCUGAAAUGAUAGAGAACUUGAAGAAAUUGAUAGAAAAAUAUAAUCGUGAAGAAUUAACAGUAAAUUAUAUGCAGAUUAUUGGAAGCUCAAAACAUAAAUUGGCUGAAUCACUUCGAAAAGCGAUACCAGGAGCCUAUACAUUCAUGCCAAUGAGAAAAGUUCUUAUAGUGUAUUUGUCUUAUCUGGUUGGGUUAAUAGGAUUUAUAAAGAUCACAGAAGAUUUCAUGGACGUCCCUAUAAUGACUCCUGAGUUCAUAAAUUUAAAAAAACAAGAAAUGGGCAAAUUUCGCGCUUUUUUCUAGUAAAAUCUAACUAGCACUGCGUUCGUCAAGUUUUUUGUGUCAAUUAGCAAGCCAUUAAAUAUUCACUUGAGAAAAAGAGGUAUAAAAGUGUUAUACUGGACUUUGAAUACUGAAGAAGAGUUUGAUUAUGCAUUUAGCGUAAUCUUUAUUUAGAAAGAAUGUGAUGGAGUUAUUACAGACAAGCCAGCCUUGAUUCCACAGUAUUAUGAAAAGCAUGGAUAUCUUGCAGGAUAA